GAACCUUGCACAUAACCCUCCAAACCAAACUAGGUUAGGCAACUGUCAAAAAAGUAAGGUUAUGUUUUGUUGUAAUGUUUAUACAAGAAUACAGUAUAGAGUUCUUGUGUUUAUACCUCAUCAAAAAAAUAUAAAUAUGGAUAAAAUACUAAAGAGAAAGUCGAUUGAAGAAGACAAUAUUAAACAGAAGAGAAUUAAAUGCCGUGAGUCUGACAAGGAUAAUUCAAAGAAAAGAAAACAUAAGAAAAAAAAAUCCUCAUCUUCCUCAUCCACAUCAUCGUCUUCCAGCGAUUCUUCCAGUACAGAUUCUGAAGAAGAAAGAAGACGGAUUGAAAAAAAGAAAUUAAAGAAAAAACUCAAAAAAGAAAAGAAAAAGGCAAAGAAAGGAAACCGCAAAUGUUCUGAUAAAACUGAAGAUGUGAAUACAGAUAUUCCAUUAAAUUUAAUGGAUAAAUGCACCAAUCGUGCACCAAUAACCAAAGAGGAAUGGGAAAAACAACAAAGUGUUGUUAGAAGGGUUUACGAUGAAACUACAGGAAGACACAGACUCAUAAAGGGAGAUGGGGAAGUAAUAGAAGAAAUAGUAAGCAGGGAUCGUCACAAAGCUAUAAAUCAGCAGGCCACUAAAGGGGAUGGAGAAUUUUUUCAAAAUCAAUUGGCAAAAUUAAAAAAAUAA